AGUGCGCUCCCGCCGGCCUCCCCGUGCCGCGCGAAGAUGGCGCUGGAAGCCGGGGACAUGGAAGAUGGGCAGCUUUCCGACUCGGAUUCCGACAUGACGGUCGCACCGAGCGACAGGCCGCUGCAGGUGCCGAAAGUACUGAGUGGGGAUAGUGCUGUGAGGACCUUUCAGAGUACCGCAACAGCAUGUGCACCAGCGUCCCAUUACAGGACUGUCAAAAGUGUGGAUUCAAGUGAAGAGAGUUUUUCUGAUUCAGACGAUGAUAGCUCUCUUUGGAAACGCAAGCGACAGAAAUGUUUCAACCCUCCUCCUAAACCAGAGCCUUUUCAGUUUAACCAGAGCAGUGAGAAACCGCCUGUUGCUGGAGGAAAGAAGGUUAACAACAUAUGGGGUGCUGUGCUGCAGGAACAGAAUCAGGAUGCAGUGGCCACUGAACUUGGUAUCUUGGGAAUGGAGGGCACUAUUGACAAAAGCAGACAAUCCGAGACCUACAAUUAUUUGCUUGCUAAGAAACUUAAGAGGGAAUCUGAAGAGCAUACAAAAGAAUUAGACAAGGAACUAGAUGCAUAUAUGCAUGGUGGUAAAAAAAUAGGAUCAAAGGAAGAGGAAAAUGGGCAAGGUCAUCUCAAAAGAAAACGACCUGUCAAAGACAGACUGGGAUCCAGAGUAGAAAUGAACUAUAAAGGCCGAUAUGAGAUCACAGAGGACGAUUCUCAAGAGAAAGUAGCUGAUGAAAUUUCUUUCAGGUUACAGGAACCAAAGAAAGAUCUGAUAGCCCGAGUAGUGAGGAUUAUUGGGAACAAAAAGGCAAUCGAACUUCUGAUGGAAACUGCUGAAGUUGAACAAAAUGGUGGUCUCUUUAUAAUGAAUGGUAGUCGAAGAAGAACACCAGGUGGAGUUUUUCUGAAUCUCCUGAAAAAUACUCCUAGUAUCAGUGAGGAACAAAUUAAGGACAUUUUCUACAUUGAAAACCAAAAGGAAUAUGAAAAUAAAAAAGCUGCUAGAAAGAGGAGAACACAGGUGUUGGGGAAAAAGAUGAAACAAGCUAUUAAAAGUCUAAAUUUUCAAGAAGAUGAUGAUACAUCACGAGAAACUUUUGCAAGUGACACAAAUGAGGCCCUGGCCUCGCUUGAUGAGUCACAGGAAGGACAUGGAGAGGCCAAGUUGGAUGCAGAGGAAGCCAUUGAAGUUGAUCAUUCUCACGAUGUGGACAUCUUUUAAGUAUAUUUUGGACAUUUUGAGAAAUAAACCUUUCUAAAAUAACAAUGUAAUAAAACAUUUCAACUGAGAUUGCUACAUUUUAGUUUGCACUGAUAAACGUGAGAAUCUGCAGAAGAGAGAAUUGUUUUCUUGUUUUAAAUAAAAAUUAAUACGUGUGGGGAGAUGAAUGGGAUUGAUAGGAACACUUAAAAAUAUCUCGUGUCUGACAAAAAUACUUAGGAGUACAUAGCACACGAUUUAAUUUCUCAGUCUAUUGUAUUUGCUAAAUAUUGUGAGAAUUACUAGUGGAUAAUCAGUUUUGUCCAAGUCAUUAUAACAACAUGCCAUUCAAAAGUUUAUUUGCUCUUUCUGAUUUAUCUUUGCAGUGUGAAUUAUGCUUUGGUUUCAUAACAUUCCGCUAAAAGAUCCUAAUGGGACAUAAAAAUUAUUAAACUGUUACAAGUGCA